UCGCGAUAUCAGCCGGGCGGAACCAUCAUGGCGGAGGAGGAAGUGGGCAAGUUGCAGAAACAUCUGGCUCUUCUUCGCCAGGAAUAUGUGAAAAUGCAGCAGAAACUGGCAGAGACUGAGAAGAGAUGCACUUUGCUAGCUGCUCAGGCCAACAAGGAGGUUUCGGGUGACUCUUUCAUCAGUCGUCUUCUUGCAAUCGUGGCCCAGCUCUUUAAACAGGAGCAGUACAGUGAUCUGAAAAUAAAAGUUGGUGACCAAAUGAUUAGUGCUCACAAGUUUGUACUGGCUGCAAGAAGUGAGACUUGGAGUCUGGCCAACCUGGCCUCAACUAAAGAGAUAGACCUGUCAGAUUCGAAUACAGAGGUGACCAUGGCAAUGCUGCAGUGGGUCUACACUGAUGAGUUGGAUUUGAAAGAAGAUGAUAUCUUCUUGACAGAGCUAAUGAAGCUUGCAAAUCGUUUUCAACUUCAACCCCUGCGGGAAAGGUGUGAAAAGGGAGUCAUGUCAUUGGUGAAUGUGAGGAACUGUAUACGUUUCUACCAGACAGCAGAGGAGCUCAACGCUAGCACAUUGUUAAACUAUUGUGGAGAAAUUAUUGCGAGUCACUGGGAUGACCUAAGAAAAGAAGACUUCAGUUCAAUGAGUGCUCAGCUCUUGUAUAAAAUGAUUAAAUCGAAAACUCAAUUCCCUUUGCACAAAGCAAUUAAGUUGGAAAGAGAAGAUGUUGUUUUCUUGUACCUGAUUGAAAUGGAUUCCCAGUUGCCUGCGAAAUUAAAUGAGCUUGACCAAAAUGGAGACCUUGCUUUGGACCUGGCCCUUUCCCGAAAGCUGGAGAGCAUCGCAACUACUCUGGUAAACAGUAAAGCAGAUCUUGACAUGGUGGACAAUAAGGGUUGGAGUUUGUUGCACAAAGCCAUCCGAAGAGAGGAUAAAUUUGCUGCCAACUUCCUUAUAAAAAAUGGAGCCCUUGUAAAUGCAGCUACAGUCGUAGACCAGGAGACUCCUCUACAUCUGGUGGCUUCUUGCUCAAUGAAGGACCACAACCUGGAAGAGAUGUCUGAUAUAGCACAAAUUGCUGAAGCACUGUUACAUACAGGGGCCAAUCCCAACAUGCAAGAUGGCAAAGGAAGGACGCCUCUGCACACCGCUAUCCUUGCCAGAAAUGAGUACGUUUUUAACCAGCUGCUUCAAUGCAAACAGUUAGACUUGGAACUCAAGGACCAUGAAGGAAGCACGGCGCUUUGGCUUGCUGUUCAGUAUAUUACAAUGUCUUCGGAUCAAUCAGUAAAUCCAUUUGAUGAUGCCCCUGUAGUGAAUGGAACAUCAUUUGAUGAGAAUAGCUUUGCAGCAAGGCUUAUCAAACGAGGAAGCAACACAGAUGCACCUGACACAGUAACAGGUAAUUGCUUGUUACAGAGAGCUGCAGGUGCAGGGAACGAGGCAGCCGCUUUAUUCUUGGCAACUCAUGGAGCAAAAGUCAAUCAUAAAAAUAAAUGGGGAGAAAGCCCAUUACAUACAGCAUGCCGGGAGGGGCUGUCCAACCUUACAGCAGAACUCUUACAGCAAGGGGCCAACCCAAACAUCCAGACAAAAGAGCCUGUACCAUCCCCAAAAGGUUCUGUGGCAAAUAACCCGUCAUCCAGUGUAUACUUGCAAACACCCCUGCACAUGGCAAUCGCUUACAGCCAUCCCGACGUGGUAUCCGUCAUAUUGGAGCAAAAAGCCAAUGCUCUUCAUGCAACAAAUAAUCUUCAGAUUAUCCCUGACUUCAGCUUGAAGGACUCAAGAGAACAAACUGUGCUGGGCCUGGCGUUAUGGACAGGUAUGCACACCAUUGCUGCACAACUGCUGGGGUCCGGGGCCUCUAUAAAUGACACAAUGUCAGAUGGGCAGACGUUGUUACAUAUGGCAAUACAGAGACAGGAUAGCAAGAGUGCCCUUUUCCUGCUGGAGCACCAAGCUGACAUUAACGUCAGAACCCGGGAAGGAGAAACGGCAUUGCAGUUGGCAAUUAAAAACCAGCUCCCUCUUGUGGUGGAUGCUGUUUGCACACGUGGGGCUGACAUGUCUGUUACUGAUGAUCAAGGGAAUCCUCCUCUCUGGCUUGCACUGGAAAAUGAACUGGAAGAUAUUGCAUCAACUUUGGUGAGACAUGGGUGUGAUGCCACAUUUUGGGGAACAGGACCAAGCGGAUGUCUACAGACCCUUCUUCAUCGAGCUAUUGAUGAAAACAAAGAACAGACCGCAUGUUUUCUUAUUCGCAGUGGGUGUGAUGUGAACAGUACUAGAAAACCAGGACCUAAUGGAGAAGGAGAAGAGGAGGCCCGGGAUGGACAGACACCCCUGCAUCUGGCUUCUUCUUGGGGCUUGGAAGAGGUGGUACAGUGCCUUUUGGAAUUUGGUGCCAAUGUGAAUACCCAGGAUGCUGAGGGAAGAACGCCACUCCACAUUGCCAUUAUGAACCAGCACAGCGUGAUUAUUCAACUAAUGAUUUCUCAUCCUGACAUCAAACUGAAUGUACGUGACAGGCAAGGCAUGACCCCCUUCGCAUGUGCCAUGACAUUUAAAAAUAACAAAGCUGCAGAAUCAAUCCUGAAACGAGAACCUGGAGCAGCCGAGCAGGUGGAUAAUAAGGGGAGGAACUUCCUACACGUAGCUGUUCAGAAUUCAGAUAUUGAGAGUGUGCUGUUCCUGAUCAGUGUUCAGGCUAAUGUAAACUCCAGAGUCCAAGAUGCCUCGAAGUUAACCCCUUUACACUUGGCUGUACAGGCAGGAUCAGAGAUUAUUGUGCGCAACCUGCUUCUUGCAGGUGCCAAGGUGAAUGAAUUAACAAAACAUCGACAGACUGCCCUUCACUUGGCCGCCCAACAGGACAUGCCCACCAUAUGUUCAGUCUUAUUGGAGAAUGGAGUAGAUUUUGGGGCUGCAGAUGAGAAUGGAAAUAAUGCACUCCAUCUUGCAGUGAUGCAUGGCCGUUUGAACAAUAUCCGCUGUCUUUUAACUGAAUGCAAUGUGGAUGCUGAAGCACUUAACUUAAGAGGCCAGUCUCCAAUGCAUAUUUUGGGACAAUAUGGAAAGGAAAAUGCAGCUGCCAUAUUUGAACUUUUCCUAGAAUGUAUGCCAGAGUACCCACUUGAUAAACCUGACACAGAAGGAAAUACAGUACUCCUCCUGGCCUAUAUGAAAGGAAAUGCCAAUCUUUGCCGAGCCAUUGUGAAAGCUGGUGCCAGGCUUGGGGUAAACAACAACCAAGGAGUUAAUAUAUUUAACUAUCAAGUUGCUACAAAGCAACUUCUAUUUAGACUUCUAGACAUGCUUUCACAAGAACCACCCUGGUGUGAUGGAUCAAACUGUUAUGAAUGCACAGCCAAGUUUGGGGUCACCACCAGAAAGCAUCACUGCCGACAUUGUGGACGUCUGCUAUGUUAUAAAUGCUCAACCAAGGAGAUUCCCAUUAUAAAGUUUGACCUGAACAAACCAGUACGAGUUUGUAACAUUUGCUUCGAUGUGUUGACGCUGGGCGGAUUCUCUUAGUAUCAGUGGAGAAAUAGACCUUUUGGUUUUUGAAAAACAGCAUUUCUGAUGAGAUAUGUGCCCAACCAAGCAGAAGGACUUUGCACUUCCAUCAUGGACUUAAUGGACCAUAUAAUGAUAUAUUCCAUUAUAAACAAUGUGUAUGAUUGUACAUGUAUAGGCUUUACUAGAUGCUAACUGGACUUUUUCCCCCCCAAAGUCCAGUGAUGUAUUUGGAAUGGUAAAAUAUUGACCUGAACUUUAGGCUGAACAGAAUAUCGAAGUGGUUCAACCCGGAUGCAUUUGAGAGAAGCCCUCUGUCCAGAUGAGUUCUUAACACCCCUCCCAUUGACACAUCCUAAAAUCUUGUCAACCAUAUCUUUACAAUUAUGUCAUAAAUAUCCAGCUGAAUUUGGGGGAAAACAGUAAUGUUUUCUAAAACAGGGUUUAGUUUUGAAGAAAGCCAAUUAAAAAGUGGCCUUAAAAUAUCAGCUUUAUAACCAACACUUCAGUGGAGUUGUGGUAGAACUGUGUUCAUUCUUGUAUGCCCCUUUUUUAUCGGGGAUAUAUCUAGGUAAUCUGUAUGAAUAGCUUACAAAACAUAUUUACCCCAUGUUAAAAGGCCUCUUGCAUUA